AUGGACAACAUCUCGGAGUUUCUACAGUCCAUUCAUAUUGGUGCAGUCGUUGCAACUUUUCUUUUCAACAAUGGACGUAUUAUAAAAGCGGUGGACAUCUUUAACGAAUGUUUGGUGCUCCUUAACGGUAAAGCCCUAGAGACAAUCAAAGAACUUACCACACCACUUGUUAUCUAUGUAUACCAUAAACUUCUUAAUGGCUAUACUCUUAUGCACGAUCACACCCGUGCAAUAGAAUGUGGUAAUAUAUAGAUUUAGCCAGGGCUAAAAGCGAGGCUCCCAUUAGUAAAUUUAUAAUUUAAAUUAAACAAUAAACUUGUAUUCGAAUUCCACAAUUCAGUUAACUUUAGAGCACAUUUAUGUGACUUUUGAGGGAAAGGCUACCUGAUUUUAGAGAAAAAUAAUUUGCAAACAGCCCAAGAGUGAACCAAAUCUUACAUCGAGUUGAUAGCCUCAUAUGUACACUCAAAAACUGGUAAUCAUCUUUUAUCACAUUUAAGAGCCGUAAUGGCUAUUGAUCACCGUAGAUCAAUUAGGCUUAGAAAAAAAAAUCAGGCCAACGUUUUGGCGUUCGACAAGUUUACUUUGCAAAAUCUUGCCAACAAAUCUGGGUGCGUGUAAACCAACCUUUUAUACCAUGGACAGAAAGCAGUAUUUCACAAUACAAAUUGCUCUCAUUCAAUAUUCAUAAACUGUUAAAAAAAUUUUCCAAAAUCACCUAUACGGCCAUCCGGUUCUCACUUUUGUAGUGCGAGCUGUAGCGAGUGUUUGAAUGAACAUCAACAGAGUUACGCUCCAAGAUAAUAAAGAAUUUAUCAUGUUUAUCUUUUAUUUGAUGGUUUAACGCGCGGCAUUUUGAGAACUCCUGCAAGCGAUGUUCACUGAACGACUGAAAACAAUCGGCAUAGCGAUUAAAAUUGCAAGAGAGACUACCAACAAUCAAUAAAAGAAAUAUAAUUCGGUGAAACAUAAACAGAGACAACAAUUUUCAUUCAGGAAGACAAGUAUUAAAGUGUCCCUAAAUAUCCUGAGUCUUCAAGCUUCAAGCUUAAGUUUCCCUUAAGCUUCCCUGUGUUUGUUUUCUCAAAGACGAACUCGAGGCAAGAAAAUCGCUAAAAGCUUUCUUUUCCGGCUAGAAUUAUAACUAAAGAUUCUUUGGAACAUUUUCUUUCUAUUUGCGGUGAGAAACUGUCUAAAGGCUUUUUAAAGUUCUGUAAGAUUAUAUCAAACCAGAUACUCGGUGAGAUCGUUGUUUCAAAACUUACAAACGCGCACAAACUAAAUUCCCGCAUAAACUACGCUCCACUUCAUUAAAUUAGAUACAAAAAACAAACAUGAAAUACAAUAAUUUCUCUGGCUUACCAUUCGAGAUGCAGCUCCUGAAAGUUAUCAGGUAAAGCCAGUAUCGCUUUAGACUUUGCAAUCCUCUUACGCAUCAAGCAAGGUGAAAACGAAAACGAUGCCAUCCGAAAUCGGAUUUCCGACUUUGACAAGCGACGUUUUCUCAACCAAAAACCCUAUAAACAAACUAGCCAUGAGUAACAGAAGACUCCUGAUAGCAGCUGAAUUUCAUUUUGUACAUCCAGUGGAAAAAGACAGUUAAAAACAUCACAAGUUGACUCAAAACUCUGUCAGCUUCAGCUGUUAAAGUAAACAAGAUUCAAGAUGCUGCAUAAAUUUUGCGCAUGAACUCACAUGUCAAAUUUUGACCAAUCAGAGCAUAAAAAUUGGACGUAGAGCGUGACCAACGCGUGACCAUUGUGAGAAAAAACAAAAGCAACUGUCUUCCCUGCCUGUAACAGCUGGCUGAAUUUUCACGUCCGAGGUCAGUUCGCAAUCAAAAUUUUAAUUGUGCAGCACAUAAACACAACAUAUUUCAUCCGAAUUAAGAAAAAAAAUUGAACUUGAGCCUGCGAUCACUUGAAAACUAGUUUACUUGUCAGCGGAUAACUUCAAAAGAUACUUGACCUCGACCGGUCGACACCUGAGCCCGCGAUACGGUCAAGUGAUACUGGUCAGCGGGUACUCUGUUUUGACAGCUGUCAAUUGAUCAAAACAUUGAUGUCCAAUAUGUGUGCAUUAUCAGUUUUCCUGUGCUCCCAAACUAGUAAAAGUAUGAGAUUGAACGUUGUUCGCGAUCUAGUAAAACAGUUAACUGGUCAGCGGACAGCUUCCAAAUAAAUCACGUCACCUCGAUGAGUUGACACAUGAGCCCGCGAUAUGGUCAUGGGAUACUGGUCAGUGGCUAUCCUGUUUGGACAGCUGUCAAUUGACCAUAUUGUUAAUGUCCUAUAUGAAAGAUGUGGGCUUGCCAAGACACGCCUGAGACACCCCUCCCUUCCUUUUGAUAGUCUCCCCUACCCCACCCAUACAAUCUGUAGACGCGUACGUACGUACGUACGUACGCUCGGUCAAUCACGUGACAACCAAACGAAAAGAGGUUGACCAUAUUCCAUGGGUAUGGGGCUCUGUCCCACGCGCGCUUCGCGCGCGCGGGAGCCCCGCUAAAAAGCUUCACGUGACACUCCACAAUAGUGGUCAAAAAGAAGAAGAAGAAGGGAUAAUAUUACUAAAACUAGCUGGCAUCUACUAUCAAAGAAGCAAAUACGAGGAAGCAAGACAGUGUUGCGAAAAGGCACUCGGCAUCCUGAUUGAGACUGGAAACAAUCACGGAGUUGGAAUAUGUUACGGAAAUCUAGGAGCUGUGCUCCGAUCUGUCGGUCAAUAUACCAAGGCUGAAGAGUACCUUCAAAAAGCACUAGUGAUCAGCAAAGAAAUUGAUGACAAACAAGGAGAAGCAUCUGCUUACGGAAAUCUAGGAUUUGUGUUCCAAUCUGUUGGUCAAUAUACCAAGGCUGAAGAAUACCUUCAAAAAGCACUAGUGAUCCAGAAAGUAAUCGGUGACAAAAAAGGAGAAGCAUCCACUUAUGGAAAUCUAAGAGCUGUGUUCCAAUCUGUUGGUCAAUAUGCCAAGGCUGAAGAAUAACUUCAAAAAGCACUAGUGAUCAUGAAAGAAAUCAGUGACAAACAAGGAGAAGCAUCUGCUUACGAAAAUCUAGGAACUGUGUUUUUUUCUGUUGGUCAAUAUAUUAAGGCUGAAGAAUACCUUCAAAACGCACUAGAAAUCAGGAAAGAAAUCGUUGACAAAAAAGGAGAAGCAUCUUCUUACGGAAAUCUAGGAGCUGUGUUCCAAUCUGUUGGUCAAUAUACCAAGGCUGAAGAAUACUUUCAAAAAGCACUAGUGAUCAGGAAAAAAAUUGGUGACACACAGGGAGAAGCAUCAGAUUACGGAAAUCUAGGAAAGGUGUUUAAAUCUCUUGGUCAAUAUACCAAGGCUGAAGAAUGCCUUCAAAAAGCACUAAUGAUCAUGAAAGAAAUUGGCGACAAGGAAGGAGAAGCAACUGCUUACGGAAAUCUGGGAACUGUGUUCUCAUCUGUUGGUCAACAUAAAAAGGCUGAAGAAUACCUUCAGAAAGCACUAGUGAUCAAGAAAGAAAUCGGUGACAUACACGGAGAAGCAUCUACUUACGGAAAUCUAGGAACUGUGUUUAAAUCUGUUGGUCAAUAUAACAAGGCUGAAGAAUACCAUCAAAAAGCACUAGUGAUCCAGAAAGUAAUCGGUGACAAAAAAGGAGAAGCAUCUACUUAUGGAAAUCUAGGAGUUGUGUUCCAAUCUGUUGGUCAAUAUACCAAGGCUGAAGAAUACACUCAGAAAUCACUAGUGAUCAGGAAAGAAAUCGGUGACAAACAAGGAGAAGCAACUACUUACGCAAAUUUAGGAACUGUGUUUCUUUCUGUUGGUCAAUAUGCCAAGGCUGAAGAAUACGUUCGAAAAGCACUAAGGAUCCAGAAAGUAAUCGGUGACAAAAAAGGAGAAGCAUCCACUUAUGGAAAUCUAGGAGUUGUGUUCCAAUCUGUUGGUCAAUAUAACAAGGCUGAAGAAUACCUUCAAAAAGCACUAGUGAUCAGGAUAGAAAUCGGUGACAAACAAGGAGAAGCAUAUGCUUACGGAAAUCUAGGAACUGUGUUUAAAUCUGUUGGUCAAUAUACCAAGGCUGAAGAAUACACUCAGAAAUCACUAGUGAUCAGAAAAAAAAUCGGUGACAAACAAGGAGAAGCAACUGCUUACGCAAAUUUAGGAACUGUGUUUCUUUCUGUUGGUCAAUAUGCCAAGGCUGAAGAAUACGUUCAAAAAGCACUGACGAUCUACGAGGAAAUCGGAGACAAACGUGGUGUUGGAGCUUCAUACUUAAGUGUGGGAAGACUUUGUCGAGAAUUUCAGCUUAAUGCGAAGAGUCAAGAAUAUGCUAAUAAAGCACUUGAGAUAAGUUACGAAAUAGGGGACAUUGAAUUGCAGUUUGACAGCCACCUUAACAUCGCUCUGAACGUUUUAGUGGCAAAAGGAAGCAUAAAUGAACUACGGCUACGGAACUAAAUCUGUACGAAAGCAUCCAGAAAUGCGAAGAAAUGCAUGUUUUUUUAAGAAUGAGAGAUCAAUUCAAAAUUUCUUUUUUUGAUGAGCAUGUGUCCCCUUACCUUCUUCUUUGUAGGUUGUUGAUUGGUACAGGUAAUUAUCAUGAAGCCCUUUACGUUGCCGAGCUUGGACGGUCCAGAGCACUGACGGACGUACUGUCAGAUAAGUACUCCGUAGAUAAAGGGGUAUCAGUCAACAGACAGUCAUGGAUUGGUAUUGAAAACAUCAUGAACCAAAAUACACUUAGUUCUUGUCUUUAUGUUUCCUGCUUCGGUCAUGAUAUGUUCUUUUGGAUCCUCAAGCCAAACAAAAUAAUAGAUUUUCGACAAAAGACACUCAAAGAAAAUGCAGAUAAAGUGUUUGGGAAUCAGACAUUUGGUGGCUCUUUUGAUUUACGUCAAGACCAAUGCGAAGAUCGAUCAUUGUUUUCAUGUGUAAGCUCCCCGCAAUCAUGCAAACCAUCUCAGAGUGACAGCUUCGAAUCUUUGCGACUUAUAGAAGAAGAGGAAGACGAAAAUCACGACUCUAAACCUUUAACCCUUGCUGAUGGUUACAAAGUGAUAGUCGCUCCUGUAGCUGACUUACUCCAAGAAUCAGAAAUCAUUAUUGUACCGGAUAACUUGUUGUAUCCAAUUCCUUUUGCUGCUUUAAUGGAUGAUAAUGGAAAGUAUUUAUCGGAUGCUUUCAGGAUUCGUAUUGUCCCUUCCUUGACGACUCUUAAGUUGAUUCAGCUCAGUCCAACAGACUACCACAGUGCAACCGGUGCACUGAUCGUAGGAGAGCCAGCCGUUAGUGCUGUAUACUACCAAGGAAACCUUCUACAGUUAAACUCACUGCCUUGGGCGAGAAAAGAAGCAGAGAUGAUUGGGCGACUGCUCGGUGUUCAACCGUUACUUGGAAGGAAUGCAAAUAAGCAGGCAGUCCUGGAAAGCAUACAUUCAGUAAGUCUCAUUCACUUCGCUGCUCAUGGUUAUGCUAAACGUGGAGAAAUAGCUCUCUCCCCUGUAAGCUCCUGCGGAACUCCACACGAAGAAGACUACUUAUUGACGAUGGCUGACAUUUCACAAGUUCGACUAACAGCCAAGCUGGUUGUCCUUAGCUGCUGUCAUAGUGCACGUGGUCAGGUAAGGGCUGAGGGAAUUGUUGGAAUCGCACGAGCAUUUCUAGCAUCGGGUGCACGCGCCGUGUUGGCGGCACUGUGGGCUAUAGAGGACGAAGCUACUAUGUGGUUUAUGAAUCAUUUUUACGAGCACCUUGUUCGUGGUGAAAGCGCCAGUGAAUCUCUUCACCAGGCCAUGAAGUCGAUGAGAGAGAAUCGCUUUUCUGACGUCAAGGAGUGGGCACCCUUUAUGCUGAUUGGAGAUGAUGUAACAUUCAAAGGUUUGUAUUUGAUAUAAUUUUUAGGGUUUUUUUAGCUGUUUUUAGUCAAAAUAUGUGAAAUAAAUGUUCGUGACAACGCAUUAUUUUGAAAAAUAGUACUAACUAAGGGGAGUUAUACUGAGUUUGUUAGUUUCUUUAUUUGCUUUGUUUUGUUUUGUUUUUUUUUUCAACCCUGUUCAUGAAAGUGAGACAACUGGAGAGAAGGCCGAAUUUUAUUUCCGAAUUUCAUGGAAUAUUUCGUAAAGUAUGCAUGCUCGGAUCUAAAAUAACUAACUAAAAUGAAAAUGUAGAAAACAAUAGUUGAGAUUCCAAAGAGCAUACGAAAACGAUCUAAGUCAUAGAUAAGAUAAGUAAGUGGCUGUCAAAGAAACGUCUUCUUAAGGUUGUACCUGAUGAAAGAAGAAACGUCGACAAUUCCAAUACGACUUUACUGAACUUUUAGCAUAUAAGUGUAAAGGUUGCUAUUUGUUUGACCUUGAAAAAAAUCUGUGUUAGACAUAUUAUAGGUAAAACAUUUAGCGCAACGAGCAACAGAAGCAUGUUGAUUGAUAGCAAAAAUAAAUCGUGCAAAGAAUACAUACGAAGGGAACCGUGAUGAUUAGUUUUUCUAUUUGCAGGUGCAUUUGAUAAGAGCAGUUUGAAAGAUGGCGAAGGUGCAACGGAAACAAAGAACUUGUAA